AUGACACGUAUACAACGCAACCGUACAAAACGAUGUCAUUUUUUAUACAUCUUUUCAUGGUUUAUCACUGGAUGCAGCUUGAUUACUACUACAUUUGUUUUUAAACGUACACAAUCAUCGAUAUGUUUGUCUAGAAACUCUGAUAAUGAAAUUAUUAAUCGUCAAGAUGAAUGGAAAUAUCAAAAUAGUAUCACUGAUGAAUGGUAUCAUUGGAAAAUAUCAUAUAAAGAAGAAAAUAAUCAUGCUGAAUGGUAUGUCAAUUGGUUAAAUGUUGCUCCAACAUCAUAUCUUGGUGUUAUUGUCUAUUUGACUACCAUUAAUGAAAUUGAUUCACUUAAAACAUCACUUACUCAAUUAUCUCGUUUACUAUCAAAUAAUCCUCGACCUGUUGUCAUUUUUCAUGAAGGUGAUUUUAGUUCUGAUGAUAUUCAAAAAUCUUUAGCUAAAAUAUUAGGUGAUCGUACUCCAUUAGGUUUUGAACAUAUCCAAUUUUCUAAUAAUUCGAAUCGACCUCAAUCUGUUCAUCGUGGAUGGCCACCUAAGUAUUUUGAUAUGUGUCGUUUUUUUACUCUAAUGCUUCCAAAUCAUCCAUUAUUAACCUUAUUCACAUACUAUUGGCGACUUGAUGCACAUUCUUAUAUAUUUGGACCAAAACCUAUAGAAGAUCCAUUUGAAAUUAUGCAAAAGCGACAUAUUCAGUAUGCUUUUAUAAUGGCUAAUGAAGAAGGUGAACAUUAUGCUACUGGAUUAUGGUCACUUUUUCAUGAGUUUCUCAAUGAUCAUUGUUUGAAACCUUCAAAAGGUUUUCGUCAAACACAAACUAAUUGGUUCGGUGGCUAUUCAUUUGCUAUUGUUUUUACAAAUUUUGCUAUUGCUAAUGUUUCUCUUUUUCGUGAUCAUUCAUUGAUAAGAACUUGGCUUCAUAGAGUUGAUCUUAAUGGUGGCAUUUAUCGUUAUCGAUGGGGUGAUGCACCAAUUCAUACAUUAGUUCUAACUCAAUUACUUUCACAAGAUCAUAUUGUACGUCUUAGAUAUUUUGGAUAUAUGCAUCGACGUGAAUAUAUCUGUGCUAGUGGUAUAGAAGAAGAUUUAUGUAACGCACAAGUAAAACCAUUUUUAACAAAUCCUAACAUUGAAUAUGUGUAUUAUCAAGAUGGGUGUCAUCCAUCUCCUCAAAAUCCGUUAUGUCACUAUUAUCCUGAAAUAAAACUCUGA